AUGUGGAAGCUCCCGGCGGCGAACAUGGUGCCCACGAGUACGCUCCUCACGCCCACGGCGCCCAGCUCCGACUGGUCCAGCCGACUGAACAACCGCUCACCCACACAGUCACAGCCGGGCCCGAAUACGGCGGAUACCAUCACGCCCUCACGUUCACGAACCAGCCAGACUCAGGCGGGUACUCGGGCCGACCUGACUUCCUCGGGUACGAGGAGUUCGGCUACAGGUCCGGGCACGAGGUCCGCGGGCCGGCGGUCGUUCAGAGAGGUGCGCCAGGUGAAGAAGGACGACGACAUCCCGGUGUUCGAUCGGAACAAGGUCAGCCUGGACUUCCCCGGGAACCUGUUUGGACCGUCCGUGUCGCUGCUCAUCCGGACCACUAAGAUAGUGGGUGACGUCAUACAGAAUUCAGCAGUGCGAUAUCAAUCCUUCUUAAGACUUUUCCGGCCUCUAUUUCGUGGUCCCUUCGAGAUCAAAGGACUGGAUCCCCCCACCACAACCACAACCACAACCACCACGACCACCACAGCUGUUCCAGCAACAGACAACGAAGUCCGACGAUAG